AUGAGUGUUGUGUGUUUUAAGUGCAAACAAUCAAUAGAAGAAGGGAUAGUCAUAAGUGCCUGUGGAAAGACGUACCACCCCUCACACUUUCUAUGCAAAGGGUGUGGCGGAUUAAUGAAAGAUGGGGAGUACCAAGAAAUCCGUAAGAACCCAUAUUGCAUCGGUUGUGCGACAGCGAUGGGAGCCGUGAAAGUUCAAACAUGUUGCAAGUGUAACAAAGAGAUAUACGGUCGUGUCAUUGAUGUUGAUACCAAAAAGUAUCAUCCAGACUGCUUUGUAUGUGAUGGGUGUUUAGAACCGUUCAACUCGAGUCGAUAUUAUCCGAAAAACGGAGAAAUCUUUUGUGAGAAAUGUUUUGUCGCCAAAGAGGGUUUGGUAUGUUCGAGUUGUGGGAAUGUAAUUGUUGGGAAGUACAAGAGAUGUGGGGACAAGAAGUUCCAUGAGACUUGUUUUGUCUGUUCUGUGUGUGGUGAUAAGUUAAAUGACAAAUAUUAUAUAGUAGGCAAUACCUUAUAUUGUCAAGAUCACAGACAUCGUAUGAUGGGGUACAAGUGUGGCUUUUGUAAUGAAUUAAUCGACCGAGAUGACUCGACUGCUUUAGUAGCACUUGGUAGAAAGUGGCACAAAGAUCAUUUUUUGUGCGCAGAGUGUAAAAAUCCAUUGAACGUACAAACGGCACGAGUGUAUCUUGAGAAGGCCUAUUGUCCCAUAUGUUACAAUGGGAUCGUAGUGACUCGUACCAUCGAAUUAAAGUGA